GUACUCGCUCAGCUGUGGUUAGCACGCUGUUGGCCAGCAGGAAUUUUACGACAAUUUUAAUGUCAACACGUUGUUUAAAUAGACAGUUUUUUAUUGAACUUUUUAAAUGGUGUUCUUGUGUACAACAGUAAAAACGUUGAAAACUUUGACGUGAUACACCAUUUACGUAGGAUGUGUGCAAUAUAUCAUGUGUUUGCGGUGACGAAAUAAUAAAAAAAAACAACCUCCACAAUGACUGACGUGUCAUGAAGUCUUUAGACAACGAUUUUGCCCAACGGCCGCUUUGUGAGGCUUCACACCCCGAUGACGUCACGACGGAAGAGGAAAGGCGAGAUGACGUAGCUGUUCUGUCCAGCGAAAACGGUCUGACUGCCAGCCGGCCUUUACACGGCAAGAGGUCGCUGUAUCUGGUACACCAAAGACUGCCGAAACUCAACUGUCGCUGGAGGCAGGGGGCUGUUCUAGGGCUGGGGAUACUUCUGACUAUUGUAGCCUUGACCUUGGUGGUGGUCGGCGCGGUUAGGUCAAGGGAACACUCCACCCUCAAAUUUAUUCAUGUGAAGCAGCCAAUAGACCUUAAAGCUCUGAUGUAUUUAGGAGACGAAAACUUUACCUUUGCUCAGCUCGUGUCUCUCAGAAACGUUGCAGUAGACAAAAACGCCUUUCAGUCAUCCGUGUCAAAACGAGACCAAACGGAAGAAGCACAAGGGCUUGCUGGGCGUGCUGUUGACGGUGACGUCACUUCCUGUUCUGCAACAGGUCUAGAGCGGUCGCCUGUUUGGUUUGUUGACUUGCAGUCUGUCAAGGUUGUGAGGAGUGUCCGCAUUCUAGGCAGCAGUGUCAACAAGCUACAUGAUAUCCAAGUGUACGUCAGCCCACUGAGUAACGUGACCACGGAGACACAGAGGUGUGGUCAGCUGGGGGAGGAGGCCAAACUCACGGAGGCAAGGGUCGCCUGUGAUCCUCCUCUACAGGGCAGGUACGUCAUAAUCCAACUCCAGACACGGUCAGACACGUACGAGAGUCUGGUCCUGUGUGAGGUCAUGGUUUUCCUCUAGUCCUGUGUGAGGUCAUGGUUUUCCUAUGUGAGGUCAUGGUUUUCCUGUAGUCCUGUGUGAGGUCAUGGUUUUCCUGUAGACCUGUGUGAGGUCAUGGUUCUCCUGUAGUCCUGUGUGAGGUCAUGGUUUUCCUGUAGUCCUGUGUGAGGUCAUGGUUUUCCUGUAGUCCAGUGUGAGGUCAUGGUUUUCCUGUAGUCCUGUGUGAGGUCAUGGUUUUCCUGUAGUCCUGUGUGAGGUCAUGGUUUUCCUGUAGUCCUGUGUGAGGUCAUGGUUUUCCUGUAGUCCUGUGUGAGGUCAUGGUUUUCCUGUAGUCCUGUGUGAGGUCAUGGUUUUCCUCUAGUCCUGU